AUGUCCGCCGCCGAUCAAGUCCGUCUCUCCAACUUCUCCACCAUCUUCUCCCUCGAGGGAAAGGUCGCCGUGGUGACGGGUGGCUCGCGUGGUCUGGGCCUGCACGCUGCUUCUGGACUGUUGCAAGCCGGAUGCUCCAAGGUCUACAUCACCUCCCGCAAGAAGGACGCCUGUGAAGAGGCCGUCGCAGCACUUAACGCCCUCCCCAACAAGCGACCCGGUGCGCAAGCCAUCUCCGUCCCUGCCGAUAGUUCUCGCAUCGAGGAGAUUGAGCGAUUGGCCGCGGAGAUUGCUAAGACCACUGAUCAUGUCGACAUUCUCUUCGCCAAUGCGGGUGCCACUUGGGGCGAGAAGUUCGAUACGCAUCCCGAGAAGAUGUUCUCCAAGGUGAUGGAUCUCAAUGUGAAGAGUGUCUUUUAUACCAUCCAAAAACUCGCUCCCCUCCUCUCCGCCAAGGCGACCCUCGAAGAGCCCUCUCGCGUCAUUGUCACUGCCUCCGUGGCCGGAAUCGGCGUUGGCUCCGUUGGCGAGAACGCCACUCCCAGUUACUCGGCCUCCAAGGCGGCUGCCAUCCACCUGGCCAAGAAUCUGGCCGUGGAACUGGGACCCCGGCACAUCCUGACCAACGCCAUCGCCCCGGGCUUCUACCCGUCCAAGAUGGCCAGUGGUCUGAUCAAUGCCAAGGGCGGCAUGAAGCAGAUGGAAGAAUUCUCCCCGAACGGUCGUCUGGGUCGUCCGGAGGAUAUUGCAGGAUUGGUGGUCUUUUUGGGCUCUCGAGCCGCAAGCCAUCUCAACGGUGCGGUGAUUGCAACUGAUGGAGGUGCGGUGCUCAAGGGAAGACUGUAA